UUAACAACAGCCAAUUUGGGUAGCAAGUAAUGCUUAGUCAAGUCAGUCGCUUAGUAGCCGUGAACGCGAGCGAACGCGUCGCGAAAAACACGCUCGUACUGUGAAACGCUUGUCAAUUGUGAAGUGUUAUGUAGUGUUGUGUGCUUUGUUGUGACAAAGUCAGCAGGAAGUAAAUACCAAACAUUGUUGUGAGCAAGAAGAAGCACGAUUAAAGUGAAACUGAAAGGAUAUAUAAAGUCGAGAGAGUAAAUUAUUAUACCUUUUUGGAUUUAAUUGGAGUACAGAUAUCAGCGAUAGUUUUUAGGAUUUGGGAAUGAAGGAUAAAUCUAUGAACUGAACACAGAUAGCUUGGCAGGCAAUUGCAAGGCGUUUGUACAUUUGAAAUACUAAAUAUUUUGCUUGCUCAGAAAUGCUAUUUAGGUCAAAACGAACUGGACCACGACACGAAAUCAAAGAAUUGGCGAAAACCGUAAAAAUAAAGCAUACAUGUGAAGCAAGGAACAGCAAAGAACGAGUGCGAAUGUAAUAUUAGUAUUUUGCACAGGAAGUAAAUGCUACAACAAUUGCAGCUAACAACAAACACACGCAGCACGGAUACGCUCGCGUUGAUUGAGCGAUAAAAGCGCCAACUGACAGUUAAAUGAAAUGUCAGAACUUAAUUAAACAUAAAAUCAAUAAGUAGUGGAAGUAGGCGCGUGGCAGUGCAACAACAAGCACAAGAAGGCGACGAAGAAGACGAAGCAGAGGCAAGGAAACGGCCGUAACGCGUUAUUGAUGGCCCGCAGCGCAGCAGGGCACCACAAAGCAACUUGACGAGAGCGUUUCGAUUGAAUUCGAUUUUUUGUGGGUCAAUGAGAAAAUAGAAAAUUUAAGUAAAAUAGCAACAACAGCAAAAAAGACCUAAGUAAUAUAUAUUUCUUUAUUGUAAAUAUUUAUAAGUAAAAAUUUAAACAGGCAAGCAACACAACAACAGUAAUGCAUGUGAAUAUCGUUGAUUCUGAAAUUAAAGAUUAAGUUUUGAAAAAAAAGUGCGUGUGAAAUACAAAAAAGUGCAAAGUUUUCGAAAACAUUCCAGUAACUAGAAUUCUGACAUAUAAAAUUGAAGGGCGAAGCUGCUUAACACGCAGAAAAAUACCAAAAUAAAACUUAAAAAACAAAAAUUCUAAAUAGCAACAAUAAAUAAUACCUUAAAAAGAACAACAACUAACACAAAGAUAUUUGUAAAAUAUUAAAGCGCUGGCUGGGCUUAUAAAGCAUUGAACAGGAACUGCACCGUUUAUGCACCGAAAUCGCUUAUUUCAACAAACGCUGAAAGCCCAACAGAAAACAUUGUUUCAAUAUAAGCAACAGCAGAGAAAUAUCAAGAGCAAAAGCCAGCACAAGAAACUGCAAAGGCAGCAAAAACUAUUUGAAAAGAACCCGAGCAGCUGUUUCCACACUGAAAGCUUGGCAUUUUCAAAUUUAAAGCACACGCGCGCUUACAAAAAUAGCAAAAAAAUACCAGAAACCACAACCCACUAAACAGUAAUAACAGUGCAGUUUAACAGCGGCCAAGACGCAAGCGCCAACCAAGCGUUUUGUGUAGGUUGUAACUGAACGAAAUUUGCAUCGCGUGGCCAGUGCCAGUGCUGGAAGAUGGAAGCCACCCCGAAGGUGCAUCGUCAUCGUCACCGACGUUCGGAUUCGCGUCAUCAUCGGCACGAGCGUCAGAGCCAAAAUAGCAGCAGCAACAGUAAUAAUAGUAAUAACAGCAACAAUACCAAUGGUGGUAGCGGCAGCGGCAGUCGUAGCGGCCAACAGCCGAGACAGAGCAAUAAUAUUGCAACAACAACAACGGCGACGACGAUAGUGUCAACACCAACACAAGCAGCGGAUGCGUUAACCAACACAACGACAAGCGCGACAGUCGCGUCGAGGACGAGGACGCAGCACGACGCACCAGCAGAGCAGCUGCAACUGUCGCCAACACAACAGCAAACGCAUUCAAACGCAAUUCAAUCGCCAGUGCGUGAGCGUCGUGGUCAAGCGCGGUCUAAUCGCGCACAAACCGGUGCACAGGGCUUAGCCGCUAACGCCACCGCUACCACCGCUGCUCGACGAACUUCAAUCACAAGCAUUGAGAUACCAACUGCACUGGUUGUUGAGGACGGCAACGAGGAUGGCACGUACGACGAGACAACAGCUAUCUGCGCUAAUGUGAUUGUCACCACAGUGCAUGAACGACGUACACACUCCAUGGAUACGUUGGAUCCGUUGGGCCAGACAACCUCUUUAAGUCAGUCGACCACAUCACAACAAACUGUGCUGCUGGUAAAUGGACAUUCACCGCCGCCGCAAGAGGACGAAGAGCAGGCGCCCAUUGCAACCGGUGAAAACGGUGCUAUGUUAGCGUGUGGCACGAAUGCGGACGUUGGCGGUGUGUCGUCGAAAGAAGAGGGCGCCACGCAACUGGAGUCACCCACAGCACCGAAUCCUAAUGGCGGCGGUGCGGGCAGCAGUCGCAACUCUUCUGGUGAUGCGUUGAGUUUACGUGAAACGUUGCAACAGCUACCGCCUACGGUGACACACGGACACCGCCAUCGGCGCACACAUUCACCACAAUCGCCGGCGCGGCGCACACAAGAGGUGGACGCUUCGUUUCAUCGCGGCAUAUUGGGUUUCAUGGAUCGUGAGUUGAAGCACAGCUCGCCAACGCCAUCAGCACUGAGUGUGGGUAGCGGUAGUGCAGCAAGCGGCGGUGGUGGUGGUGGUGCUGGUGGUAGUGGUACAGUGCGUAAGUUGCAGUCGCUGUCCGAUCCACAGGCGAGUCCCGCCCAACGUUCGGUACGUUCGCGCAGUAGUCUGGAGAAGAGUCCGCGUCGUAAGCGUAGCAAAUCGGAAUCGCGUAGGCGGCGUGAACGCAAACUCAUCGCCGCUGGUGAGCUGGAAGUGCGACAGGCGAACGAGACUUUGAUGCGCUAUUUGAAGCAAUGCUCGGAAAUGAAUGACGCUUCGUUGUCAGGCGAGUUAGAAAUCGAUCAGAACUAUGAUGAGCGGAGAGUGCAUCGGAAGACGAAAUCGCAACGGGAUAAGCGUGGGCAUUUAAUAAGCAAACUUUACUCAGCUGGCGGUCUCACCUCCAUAUUGCGUGAGCUUUCCGAUGACAUUGUACCCGCGGAGGGUGAGGAAAUCUACAAUCCAUUCACACCGGUUGUUUCCCCCACCGAGGAUACGCCCGCACACAUUGACAAAAUGUUCCUGCAGACGUCAUCGGGAUAUCGACCAGUUGAGCACUGCUAUUAUAAACAUUCGUUUGUGGGUGUGGGUGGUGUGGGCGGCGGUGGCGCUACUGCCAGCGGUAGUGGUGGCCCAGGUGGUGGCGGUGGCAGUGGACGCGGCGUUGGUGUGCAUCGUUUGUCUGCCGCGGGCGGCAGCUUGGCUGGCGGUUUGGAGCAGGCGGGCAUGUUGCGGGCGAGUAGCAGUUUCGGCGAUACGCGUUGCCUACUCGAUGCCGAGUGUGGCAGGCAUCGUCGUGAGAUCACGUCGAACAUACAAUUGGCCUGCGUCAUUCAACGAAUUUGGAUACUCAUCUCGAAUAUCUGCCAUGGUCUGCUAGCUGGCCUAGCUUUGGCACAUUUGUUGUUUGUGUUGAGCAGCCAUCCCGUCGAUUGGUCGCGUUUACUCAGUCUUGCGGGCGAGACUGUGACCCAAGCGACGCAGGAGGCGGACGCAACAACCGCAGCACCAACAGUCGCGUCAGCCAUGCUGGAUGCUGAUGGUGUUGGUGCUGUUGAUAAAUCUAUGUUAACUGACACGCAGCAACAUUUCAGCUUCGUGAAGGAUUACGCAACAUUCGCUGAGAUCUAUCUGAACACAUUCUAUUGUUUGGCAAUUGUAUGCAUGGUUUCGGUUUUUGAUCGUAUGGACAUUUGCCGUUGGGACUUCAGCAAUGCCACCGAGUUCAUCUCAUUUCGUUGGCUCAUUAUUGCAAUGAUUUAUAUAGCGACAAUAAUAUUAACGAUAUGCUCCGAUUCGAUUGAUGAACGACUCUAUUACAAUAAUAAUGCGAAUGUGACGCUAACACAGGAAGAAAUGUAUAGCAACAGCGUAUUGAGUGUCUGGAGUAGUUUAUCGGUGACGCGUAGCAUUGGCGCCAUCUGUGGCUGGAUAAUGAUUGGUUUGACGCCGCAUGAGGAUCUCUUCUACGAGCAUUUGCUGGAUCUAACCAAAUACCAAGUGAUAAAUAAUUGAAUGUAAGGCAAGGCGUGUGUGCGGGAAGGUUGGUGAAGAGCAAAUGUACUUAAUGAGAAAGUCAUCAAUAAAAAUAAAAAAAAAAACAGAUACGUAGAUAAUUAAUAAAUUGUACAGUUAGGUUAAAGCAGUAGUAAAACUAUUUAUGCAAAACAUAUAUACAUACAUAUACUAAAAAUAACAACAAUUAUAUUACUAAAAAAUAGCAAAUGAAAGCAAUGUGUGGCAAGGGUUUCGUGAAGAAAGCAAAUAACUGAACGUAUGCAAGAGUGAGCUAAAUAUGUGAAAAAAUAUAAAUAGUUACAUAAAAUAUCUAAAUUGUAAGAAGCUUUGUUUUGCGGCAAACAAAAAUUGUUAUUAGUUUAAUACUAAAUUUUUUGUUGAAAUUUUGAAAAAUGCUUGGAAGAUUAAUUUGCUAGUUAAAAUAUUGUUUUUUGAUUUUUAAUAUAUUUUAUAUUUUUUAUACUUUUUUUUGUAUUUUUUGUAACUGUUCUUUGUAUAUAAUUUAACGAAAAGUAUAUAUAUGCAAUUAAAGCUUUAAAGUAAAAAUGUAAAAUUAUAUAAAAAUUACCACAACAUACCUAUAAUCGAAAUGAAACAAUUGUGAAAUUAUACUUAGAGACAUGUAAGCCCUUCAAAGGCCGCUAGAAUCAACCGAAACCAAAAAUGACCCAAACCAAAAAACAACAAAAAAUUUUAAUAAAUACACUAAGCUUAGUUUAGCGUGUAGUCUUAGCUGCUAAACACAUACAUACCAACCUAGUUAUCUAUGCGUUAUGUAUGUGAUUGUAUGAAUACAUAUUUAUAUAUGCGUGUGUGUAGUAGUGAGCACUGUUAAAUAUACUUUUAGUGCUUUGACAUAACUAUUUUGUUAAAUAAUUAUUUUUCAAAGCCAAAAACAACAAUUUUUGUAACAAAAAUGCAACUCAAACACAUGAAAUCUUAAAAUAUUUGUUAUACUUAAAAUAAAACUGAAGAUUCUCUGUUUUUGUAUUCUGCAAGCAUGUAAAAUACCACGUUGACUUCGCUAGAAGCUAGUAGUUAAAGAGCAUUUAGCAAUAUUGUAAAAUGUUUGUGAUUUUUUGUGAAAAGCUUCAAAAGUUCUUUUGUAAAUUUUACAGUUUUAUAAUGUAGCCUACUUUCCCAGGAUCAAAAGGAUAAUAACCACACUUAGAUGUGAUUUGUGUACUUUGUGUGUAGAAAUUGUUACCUGCUUUGUAAUAAUAUAAAAAAAUAUUGAAAUAAAACGAAAAUAUAAACAAAAAAUAUAAAAAAGAAGACAUACUCAUAUAUAUAGUAAAUUACUGAACAAAAGUUUGCAAAACAAAAAAAAAAUUAAAUAAAAUUGAAGAAAGCGAAAAAGUGUAUUUCAUAAUUUUAUUUUAAUUAAUUUUGAAAAAAUUACACCUGAUAUUAUUUUGUGUUUAAUAAUUAAUUAAAAUAUAAUUAUAAUGUAUAUAAUUUUAUAAAUUUUUUGGUACAAUUUUAAAUGAGAAAUAAUUUGGCAAGUAUUUUUUAACUUUUUGGCUUCUUUUGGGUGCUAUCCCUUUGAAAAUCUUUGAAAUUUUCAUAAAUAACACUGUUAUUUGUUAUUUCAUUUACUCAAUUGGCGAAUUUUUUAUGAACCACCAAAAUCUCUAACACUAAGUUUUUGCCUUAUUUAAUUCAAUUAGUAUUAUUCAAUUAAGAACUGUGUGAAACACCACUGCUAAAAGACUCAACCAAGCUCUUAGUUUGAAAAUCGGUAUCAUUAAGUAUUUUAAUUGAGUCAAUUAGUUAAUUAACUGCCUCAAUUAGCAACUUUUUUUGAAAUUAUAACACUCAUUUUCCGCCUUAAUUAAGUCAAUUAGUUUGAGAAUAGGAAUCAUUUAUUUUUAUUGAGUCAAUAAGUUAAACGGUUUUUUUGUAAUAAAACUAAAAACAAAAAAAUUUAUUGUUUAAUAUUUUCAUUUUAUUCAUAUUUUUUUAAGUUUUCAAACUCAAAAUAUAAAAAAGACGACGAGAGCUGUAAGCUUCUGUAUUUUCAGCUUCAUAACAUAGACUUCAUUAUUCAUUGCUGAGUAACAGAUGAAGUAUACGUCUAGGUGUACCUUCGAUCAUUCAUCUCAACUAGUAUAAAUAAUAGCUUUGGUGACUUCUGUGAGUGCUUAAUAUUUAAUUUAAAUUUAUAAUUUUUGAUUUUAUAUAUUUGUUUAUAUAACAUAAUAAUAUCUAUUUUAUUUUUUAAGCAAAUAAAUAAUAUUUUAACAGAAAAUAUUUAUCAAAAAACUAUGAAGUCAUACUUCAAACAGGCAACACGACAGCACUUUGUAUAAAAAAUAAUAAUUAUCUGCAUUAAAGCGCAAUAUGAAUUAUAUAAAUGCAAAAAUAAAAUGAAAAUUAUGAAAUUUGGAGACAAUUCGCCAUUAAGUUACCAUCUUCAAACAUUUCAAAACUGUAACGAAACAAUUCACAAAAAACAUUUAAAAUGUACUAUUACAAAUAAGUAAGUUAUAAAAUGACAUACUCUUAUGAAAAACGAAAUUAAAUUGUAAAUAUAAUACAAAAGCAUUGCAGCAUCUUACCAAACACACACACACAUAUAGCUAUUUAUAUAUACCCUUCAGUUAUUGCCAACUGUAGCUAUCUACAUAGCUUUAAUAGAUAUUUUCACAUUCCCAAAACGUUCGUACAUACCAGCUUUGUAUUUGUACUACUUACAUAAGCAUAUACAUAUGUAUACAUAAGUAAUAUAUUUAUAUGAAAAUAUACGAGUACUGUUAUGUAAAUAAAAGAA